UUAAAUUUAUGUAAAAUACCAAUUUCACUGAUUAAUAAUAAUUAUAGUUACUAUAAAAGUGUUUAACUUUGUCGUAUUGUACAGAAAACUCCUAAAUCAUAAUGAUGUUUGGUUCAAGUUUUAUUUUGUUGGCUUUUGUUGCAAUUGUUGCAGUUCUAGGGAGUGAAACUGAAUUUGAUUGUUCAGGAGAAGGUGAAGAGUAUAGACUUUGCGGUACUGCUUGUCCAGUAACAUGCACUCAACCGGAAGUAAGACCUUGCACUUUGCAAUGCGUUGAAGGAUGCUAUUGCAAAAAAGGGCUCUUCAGAGACGAGAGAAGUGGAGGAUGUGUCACGGAGGCACAAUGCAAUGAAAUUAUUGGUUGAAAAACUUAAAUGUUUUAUUAUUCAUAAAUAAAUAAUUCAUAAAUACAUCA